AUGACGCACCCCAUCAGAGUGCCUCCGCCGCCGGUGCAGGCCAUGAAGCCCACCAUGCCGGUCCUCCAGGGCCUCCAGGCGUCGGCCGAGGCCGUCGCGCAACAGUACGAUGCCGCGACACGGCAUCCCGUCUUCUUUAGCGACGCCAUUCAGAGGGUACCUCUAUUGAGAGGAGACAAUUCGGCACAAGCAAGUCCCGUGGCGCUCGGGUAUGGAUAUCCCAAGAUGGGACCGAGGCUAUGA